UAAAACGACGCUGGGCAGCACUUUUCGCCAGCUGACAUUCUAAAUAGCAAUUUCAACUUAAUUGGCUUUAAAGAGUUAAAAUUUCACAAAAUUUAGCUUAAAUAUGUCAGUGUUAACUGUAGAAAAUCCCGAAGAAUAUCAAAAAUAUAUUAGCGCCAAUAAAACGACCGUUGCGCUCUUCGAAGCCGACUGGGCCGAGCAAUGUGCACAGGUCAAAGAUGUCCUCAAGGAGCUGGCGAGCAUUCUAGGUGAUAAAUUGCAAUUCAUCACGCUCAAUGCCGAAAAAUUCCCCGAAAUAUCAAUGAAACAUCAGAUUGAGGCAGUGCCGACUGUCAUAUUCUUCACCAAGGGCUCCGCUGUGGAUCGUGUGGAUGGUGUCGAUAUUGCAGCCCUUAGCAGCAAAUCUAAAAAACUGGCCGAAAGUGCAAGCAGCGCUGCGUCAACGGGACAAUCGCUGGAAGAUCGUCUGAAGGCGCUCAUCAAUAAGGCGCCGCUAAUGAUAUUCAUGAAGGGCGAUCGAAACGCUCCACGCUGUGGCUUCUCAAAGCAACUUAUUGCGAUUGUUAACGAAACAAAUUUGCCAUAUGAGACUUUUGACAUUCUUUCCGAUGAAGAAGUGCGCCAGGGCUUAAAGACUUAUUCAGACUGGCCGACAUAUCCACAAGUAUAUGUUAAGGGCGAACUAAUUGGUGGCCUAGACAUCAUAAAGGAACUGUUGGCUAACAACGAGCUGGAAGCAUCACUCAAGGGCUAAUAUGCCAGCCAACAUAUUUGGACAAACGAAAUCAGGAACAAACUUUGCUUGACACAAAUUUACAAUUUCCAUUGAUUUUGAUAGACAAAAAUAAAAGAAAAAAUGGCAAUUUGAAUGCUCUUAGAUGU